AGGAGAGCCGGGGACUCAGGAGAGCUGGCAUUCACUCCUGACUGCCCUCCACACUCGCUGGUGUCUGGGCCAGCAGUCUGGUCUGCCAAGGGCCAGGGGACAAAUGUUUUAGGCUUUGGGGACUCACGGUGGCAGCUGCUCAGCUCUGCCCUUUCGUAGCGAAAGGUGCCUUGACAGCAUGUGACCCUGUGGGUGUGACAGAGUCCCGGUACUUACAGCAAAGGUGGGGGCCGGAUUUGACCCGGGGACAGGCCUUUGCCCACCUCUGACUGGUUUCUCUUACGGAUGGUCCCCACACUGGUGAGCCCCGGUCGGUCACAGAGGUGCUGCCCGGCUUGAUUUCUCUUUGUGACCUUUAUCACGCCUGACGGAUCGUCUGUUAGUUUUCACCCACAUUUGCCGCGGUUCCCUGGACUACAUGAGAGGUUCCACAAAGGCAGGAUCCGAGCUGAGUCCCGCGUGCCCAGAAUACCCAAACUACUUUGAGAGCUACCUUGCCGUCGCCUCCACUGUGCCCUCGCUGCUGUGCCUGGUGGCCAACUUCCUGCUUGUCAACAGGGUUCCUGUCCGUGUCCGCGUCCUAGCCUCCCUGACCGUCACGCUGGCCAUCUUCGUGGUGAUGACGGUGCUGGUGAAGGUGGACACCUCCUCCUGGAGCCGAGGCUUCUUCGCCAUCACCAUUGUCUGCAUGGCCAUUGUCAGUGGCUCCUCCACCAUCUUCAACAGCAGCGUCUACGGCCUGACGGGCUCCUUCCCCAUGAGGAACGCGCAGGCGCUGAUAUCAGGAGUAGCCAUGGGAGGGACCAUCAGCGCCGUGGCCUCGCUGGUGGACUUGGCGGCAUCCAGGGACGUGACAGACAGCACCCUGGCCUUCUUCCUCACGGCGGCCGUCUUCCUCGGACUCUGCAUGGGCCUCUACCUGCUCCUGCCCAGGCUGGAGUACUCCAGGUACUACAUGAGGCCCAUGUUUCCAGCCCAUGUGUUUUCUGGUGAAGAGGCUCCACCCCAGGACUCCGCCAGCACCCCCUUGGUGGCCCCCGGAUCCAGCGGGUCCCACAUGCCACCGCUGCGCCCCAUCCUGAAGAAGACGGGUGGCCUGGGCUUCUGUGUGGUCUACCUCUUCCUCAUCACCAGCCUCGUCUUCCCCGCCGUCUGCACCAGCAUCGAGUCCCUGCACAAGGGCUCAGGCUCCCCGUGGGCCACCACCUUCUUCGUGCCCCUCACCGCUUUCCUCGUGUACAACUUUGCCGACCUGUGCGGCCGGCAGGUCACGGCCUGGGUCCAGGUGCCAGGUCCCAAGAGCAAGGUGCUGCUCGGCCUGGUCCUGCUGCGCACCGGCCUGGUCCCCCUGUUCGUCCUCUGCAACUACCAGCCCCGCCGCCACCUGACCACCGUGGUCUUCCAGUCGGACAUCUACCCCGUCCUCCUCACCUGCCUCCUGGGACUGAGCAACGGCUACCUCGGCACCCUGGCUCUCAUCUACGGGCCCAAGAUCGUGCCCCGGGAGCUGGCCGAGGCCACGGGAGUGGUGAUGGCCUUCUACAUGGCCACGGGCUUGGUGCUGGGCUCCGCCUGCUCGGCCCUCCUGGUGCACCUCAUCUAGGGCAGGCGGCAGGACGUCGGGGCUGCCUGAGGCUCUGGAGCCCCCGGAGCCGGGGCACGAGGAGGAUGGGGCUGGCAUCUUGCUGGGCGGAGGGCCCGGCAACGCGGCUCCUCUGCUGGAACGCCAGGUGGUGCAAGGGAGAGGUCCCCCACCGCAGCAUGACACCUGGGAGACGUCUGAAGACGACGCCUUUAAAGAGGGGCUUCUGCCUCCUAGCGGGUGGGUCACUCGCUGUCCACUCCGAGCUGUCACCCGGUCAGAACCUGGUUUGGCUCCACCUUCUCCCUUCUGGCCAAGGGCUCCCUGGGGUGGCCAGGGAUCCAAGCCCGCACUGCCCCUGCCUUUUGUCAGGAGAGCAGCCACCACCCAGACCCGGAACCCAGGAAGACUGGGCUCCCGAGCGCCCCCUGUGCCCGGGACUGAGCAGGUCGGCGCCUGGCCUUGUGGGUGACCGCCUGGAUCAGGACAGGGUCUUUCCGUAUUAAUGUUUACAACCGUUGGUUCAAGGGCACAAUAAAUACUGGGGUAUU